CUAACUGUUAUGAAACCUUGCGAUCCGCAAGUAGUUUUGGACACUCGAGGUAGAGGACAAGCUUCUGUCGUGUGCUUGCACGCACUGAACUGGCAGACGACAUUUUAACGUAUAGGAGGGAAGAAUGCUCGUAUCUUUGGGUUUGACUUAAUUAUCAACUCCGGGGCGCCAACGUAAGAUUAACAUGGCCCCCAAUUCCAUCCACUGGUUCCGGAAGGGACUCCGUCUACAUGACAACCCAGCGCUCAGGGAGGCAGUCCAUGGGGCGGGCACAGUGCGCUGCGUUUACUUCUUGGACCCUUGGUUUGCAGGCUCUUCUAAUGUCGGGGUCAACAGGUGGAGGUUUCUUCUCCAGUGUUUGGAGGAUCUGGAUGCCAACCUUCGGAAGCUCAACUCCCGCCUUUUUGUCAUAAGAGGCCAACCAGCCAAUGUGUUCCCGCGGCUCUUUAAGGAAUGGAAGAUCUCUCGGUUGACGUUUGAGUAUGACUCUGAGCCUUUUGGAAAGGAGAGAGAUGCCGCCAUCAAGAAGCUGGCAAUGGAGGCGGGAGUGGAGGUCAUCGUUAAGAUCUCACACACACUCUAUCACCUGGACAAGAUUAUAGAACUGAAUGGUGGCCAACCUCCUCUUACCUACAAGCGAUUCCAGACACUAAUCAGCCGACUGGAUCCUCCAGAGAUGCCUGUGGAGACACUUUCAGACAGCCUGAUGGCCAACUGCAUAACACCUGUCUUGGACGACCAUGGAGACAAGUAUGGAGUCCCAUCGCUGGAAGAGCUUGGCUUUGACACAGAGGGCCUCCCGACCGCCGUAUGGCCAGGCGGAGAGACUGAAGCUCUGACGAGAAUAGAGCGCCAUUUAGAAAGAAAAGCAUGGGUGGCAAACUUUGAGCGUCCGAGGAUGAACGCCAACUCGCUGCUGGCCAGCCCAACAGGCCUCAGCCCUUACCUGCGCUUCGGUUGUCUCUCGUGUCGUCUUUUCUACUUCAAACUCACCGACCUCUACCGCAAGGUGAAAAAGAACAGUUCCCCUCCUCUCUCGCUUUACGGACAGUUACUCUGGCGAGAGUUCUUCUACACCGCAGCCACUAACAACCCGCGCUUUGACAAAAUGGAGGGGAACCCCAUCUGUGUCCGAAUACCAUGGGACAAAAACCCUGAGGCGCUUGCCAAGUGGGCAGAGGCUAAGACUGGCUUCCCCUGGAUAGAUGCCAUCAUGACUCAGCUGAGGCAAGAGGGUUGGAUCCAUCACCUGGCUCGCCAUGCUGUGGCAUGUUUCCUCACCAGAGGCGACUUAUGGAUCAGCUGGGAAGAAGGAAUGAAGGUCUUUGAGGAGCUGCUUCUCGACGCCGACUGGAGCGUGAAUGCGGGUAGUUGGAUGUGGUUGUCUUGUAGUUCGUUUUUCCAGCAGUUUUUCCACUGCUACUGCCCUGUUGGCUUUGGCCGGCGUACUGAUCCUAACGGGGACUUCAUCAGACGUUACUUACCUAUCCUCAGAGCUUUCCCUGCUAAGUUUAUCUAUGACCCAUGGAACGCGCCGGAGUCUGUGCAAGCGGCCGCCAAAUGUGUCAUCGGUGUCCACUACCCAAAACCAAUGGUGCAUCACGCCGAGGCGAGUCGGCUCAACAUUGAGAGGAUGAAGCAAAUUUACCAGCAGCUGAGCCGAUACCGAGGACUGGGCCUGCUUGCAUCUGUUCCAUCCACCAAUGGCAACGGAAGUGGAGGAAUGAUGGCCUACUCGCCUGGAGAACAACAGCCGGGGACCAACAACAACAACAGCAGCAGCAACAACAGCGCCCCACACAUGCCUGGAGUGUCGGGCGGCUCUGUCGCCACGGGCAACGGCAGCGGGAGCAUUCUCCUCAACUUUGACAGCGAGGAACAGACAGGGCAGCGACUGCUGCCAGUGAUGCCGCAGCACGGUUACCAUACAGUGCCAGAAAACAACACAGCAAUCACCAACAGCCGACUUUACCACAAGUUUGCUGUGCCUCAACACCCAGGACUUGCAUACACCAGAGGUGGCAUCACAGGUAAACGCGAGCGGGAGUCGGAACGUGAUGGUUCGGGAGAGGAAGACCCGUCGUCCUGCUCGGGCCACAAGAUGCAAAGGCAGAGUGCAGAGGCCAACUAAAGGACGUUGCUGACAAUAGUCCAUCUACAGUACAACAAGUGUUUGUCAGCCUGAACAUCCCAGGGGAAAUGCAGAGGUGAAAAUGUAAUACAAGGCUCUGAUUUUCCGAGAAAUAAUGGCAACCCGUAAAUAGGUGUCCAAAGUAAAGAUUGCAAUUGUAGCACUAACAAAAAAUAUUUGCUUUUCAGUCGCACUUAUUUAUUUUUAUAAAGAAAAAAAUUAAAACGUGCACGGAAAAAUAUAAUUAAGUGGCACUGAGACAACAUUUUAGUAUGUACCAUAUGUAUAUAAAAUUGAUCUCGAUGUUAUUUCACGCUGGAAACAUCAUUCUUCAAGUUGCUUCUUUAUAAAAAAGAACAACUAAGCAUUAAAUUAACACGUUGCAGUGUUAUCCUAUCAGUCUCCACCAUGUCUUUAUUAGAGUUUUAUUUAGAAUCAUUGUAGAUGUGUCAUCUUGAUGUUCAUCGGGUUAGUUUGAUAUAUUGAGUCGGCAGCUACAAGCAACAUCAGGUUACAGAGAACAACACAAAAUUUCCAUUGGUCACCUUAAAAAGAUGUGUUGGUGCAGUUUAGCUAUUUUUGAAACCCAAUACAAAAAAAUAUCUUUUUCUACCCCUGCUGAUGUUUUCAAGUAAGAGUAACCUUUUAAUUGUCGUGUCACAUUUUCACCCUGUUGUAUCCCCUGGCGGUGCGAAAAUGCUCUGAAGCCCACUGACGCUCGAGCCUUUUCAUCAUGUGCGACAACACAAAAUGAUAGUCCCCUACUCGUUAAGAUGGCUUCAAGAAGGAAGAGCCUCUCCAAGCUCCUGUGAUUUUCUACUGUUUCAUAUAAAAUAACCAAAAAACGAGAGAAAAAAAGAAAAAUUGUGUUUGAAACAAACAUUCCUCAAAACCGAGUCCAACCUCCUGAAGUAGAACGUCACAGCAGCACAAGGAGAUUGUCUGAAAAUUAACGCAAAUCGUGGCUCGAAGCAAUCGGGCGCUCUGAAUACGUCGGGAAAGUCUGCUGCUGUGAUUAGGAAUGAAACCGAAGAAUGUAAACGCCUCUGCGUAGAAUGCCAGCUGAUGUUUAUACUGCACGCAACUCGCUUAAUGACCAUUCAACGGGACGUUUCAAAAGUUCUGCUUCGGCGCCCCAAUCUGCAUUUUAUUCAUAGGCCAGGGCGAGAAUAAAGUGUGCGCCACACAGGCCACAGAUUUUUGGGGUCGCAGAUCAAAUUUCUUGAACAGUACUUCAGUUACCAACAUAAGCCAAAAAUGUUAACCUUCUGUUUGUUUUGGGUUUUGUAAUGGAGCGAUUGUUAUGAUUGAAACUUGAUUGUCAACAAUUGGAGGAUGUCCAGUAGAAUACAUUGUGACCCCUGUUUCAUGUAUAAUUUGAUUCAACUAUUGAAAUUUGGCUCCCAUUCGUCUGCUGUUUUUGUUUCACUUUUAACCCAAAUGUGCAGAUUGGGGCAGGACAUGUGGCGUCUCUUAGAGAUUUAUUUUCUUUUUCUUUUUUUUUUUUUUUUGGUGGGGGGGGCGGGGGGGGUUACUGUGUAUCUGUAUCAUAAUUAUGUGUUCUCUUGAGAAUAUAAAAAGUUUUUGUAGCGAUGAUCACAGCUGAAAAGUCAAACAUUUUUCAUUUAGUUUUGUCAUCCUGUUGGCCACUCUUAUUAAAAAAAAAAAAAAAAAAAGCAAAGGAAUAA